GUUUUUUCUCGCUUGCUUAACAGCUGAUUGGUUGGGUGUUGUCAUGGAGAUGACAUGACAUGACCGAGAGGAGGUUCAACUGGAAUAAAAGCCAGUGUAUUUAUGAUGGAGAGCAGAGCGGCUGGCCUCAAGUCACAGCCAGAUAUUACACGCUGGAGAGAUUCCUCCGGUCCUGUGGUCUCAUACACUCCAGCUAAAGCUGCGGCCAGAUAUGACAAGUUGCUGCGACGUUAGAAUGACUCUGAUAUCUCCUCUGUGAACGGACUGUAGCCUACCGGACUCUGCUUUGCGCACCUGCGUCUCAGCCAGGAUGAUGGAGUUGAAGGUGGAGAGCUGCUGGCAGCGUCUGCUCAGGCUGCUCCUCCUGCUCUGCUUCAUGACUCUCCACAGCUCGGCCAUCGAGACCGUGAAUGUGGUGGACUUCUGUGGCCAGACAAUCCAGGGUGAUGGCAUGAUCGUCAACUCGCACCAGGAAUCUAAGAAGUACUACUUUGUGACCAUGGGGACUGACUGCCACCUCACCAUGCAGGCCAGCUCUCCUAAAGACAAGGUCCAGUUCCACUUCCGCUUCUUCCUGGUCUACAGUUUGCUACGAGUGGCCCCUCUGAGCCCCGCCCCUCUCUUCCCAGAGUCCCCUCGUGGCUCCGUGCCUCUCAACCCCAGGCUGGAGCCCACCUUUGGUGAAAGCUCAGGGGACCCGUGUCAUGCCGGCUCAUACGUUCAGUUUUAUGAUGGACGGGAAAGGAGCUCGCCUCCCCUCGGUCCUCCUCUUUGUGGGAAGAGCCCGCCCCGGCCGGUGCUGUCCACAGGAAACUACCUGACCCUGAGGCUGGUGACCCGGGGGACUCAGCCCAGAGUCGACUUUGUGGGGGACUUCACGUCCUUCAGACUGGGUUUUAACCAAUCAGAGUGCAGCAGUGAGCCAUAUUUCACCUGCAGGAAUGGCAAGUGUAUCCCUCUUGGUCUGGUGUGUGAUGAUAAAGGCAUUGACAACUGUGGGGAUGGAAGUGACCUGGAGGAAAACCUGACUACGGGUUGUAAAGGUCAGCUUUUACCUCCUGAACCUCCACCGCCAAUAGCAACCCCACCCCCACCUUUUGUGAAUCCACCCACGGUGCCAAUUCGUUCACAUAUGAACUGUGGCAUGCCAGACAGCGCUCCCAGUCAUGAGUCAGUAACAGACUCCCCGGCCUCCCUGUCCCUGUUGGUUCUCUACAUCAUCCUGGGUGUGGUGGCGGGCGGUGUGGUGCUCUGCUGGUGCUGCUGGUCACCCGGCUGGUUCCUGUGGCGCGUCAGCAUCUGUCGCUUCUUACCCUGCUGCAACUCAGCCUGUGCCUCCUGCCAGCUCUGCGCCCGCAACUGCACCCACAGCAAGGAGCACCGACUGGCAAAAGUCACCCCACACACACCGGUAAACGGGACCACGACAGGCACGGCGGCCGCCACCAACAGUGCUGAUGAAAAUGUUACCACAGCGGCUGUUUAGAGCAGAGGGACUGUCCGGUUGAUCACUUUUGGCAUACAUAGGCGUGGGUGCAACAUGCUGAUGCUGAGCUGUGAUCAGUGGUGAAGGUUGGACUGAACAUACCUGAACGGUUUUGGUUAAACUGUGGUUUGUGUGCUUUAAAUGUGAUGAUGCAAGUGAUGAGACUGCUGUGUUUGUGAAGGUAAAGCAGGGUACAGUAUGACUAUGGAUUGUAUGAAAAGUAUGAACAUAUCUAAAAGGAUAGGAUUACGAAACUUUUUUUGUUCACAGCACAUUUCACCUCGCAGCACAUUCUGUUUAAGAUACUGCUUAUGAAGUUUGAGAAGUGCAGCCUUUAAUGCUUGGCCAGUUUUCAGAAAAGACAAUGAAGAAUGUUAAGUUGUUAGUGUGAACAAUUUUUAGUCAUACAUUGGUUUGUUUCUUAUAAAUGUGCUUUUCUGUCUUUGAAGGAACAAUUUAGUCGUGCAGUGAAAAUUCACUUCCAGUCCACAGCUUUGACCAAAAGUUUGCCUUGGACACAUGCUGAGGAAACUGCCCAAGAACUACAAAGUCACCCACCUGGUGACAACAGCUGUUCUCCCUCAGGGAAAUACCUUCAAACUUUCCACUCUCCUCCCAGCAGUCCACUGUUUUUCCACAUAUAAGCCAAUGUGAAGUUUGGACAAUGGAACACAAAGUCAUCCAGUGUCUAGCAGUUUACAUUUUGUAGGGGAAAAAACUGUGGUAAUUAAGUAUGAACUUCUAACGUGCUGUUGUGUACACAAAUAAACAUAUGACAAAUUACCACAGAACUUCUUGCUAAUUAACCAACUUAAAUCAAUCAAGUAUUGUCAACAUUAGUAGUUGUGGUGGGCAACUGAAAAAUUACAUGAUGAAAAUAAAAACCAGUAUUGCACCGAUAAUUUGCAAUUACAGUAAAAACAAGGUGAAGAAAGUAGAAUUAAAUUACAUAUUAGCCUGAAACAAUAAAGAUAUGAAUUAUUUAACAAAAUAUCAAUGAUUUGACAAACAAUCUUCACCAUUAUUCCAUCAGUGUUUGUAGUGGUGUGAUUUGUUGUCUUUUAAUGUUCACUGGCCAAAGUGUUAAUCAUAAACAGCCCCUCUACCAUCUCCUGAAGUGUUCAAGGCAAACUAUGGUUGUCAUCUCCUAAACUAUUUAAGUCCUGACUGUAUUUCAGCCUGCCUGUUUUCCACCAAUGUGUAAAGUUUGUCUGAUGGUGAAGCUCAUCAGGACUGGUAAACAUAUAUACAUGGUUUGAGAUUUAUGUUGUAAAUUGUUCAUCAAAUCAAAUCUGUUUUUCUUAUGUAGUGGUUAUGUCUUUAUGCCUGUUUUUUAGAGAUUGAAAAGUCAGUUUGUUGAUCAGUUGGUCAGUCCACGACUUUGAUCCAGACUGAAAUAUCUCAACAACUUGGACCAUGAAAUGUGGUACAGAUAUCUGUGGUGCCCAGAGGAGAAACCCUAAUGACUUUCCUCCAGCGCCACCAUGAGGUUCACAUUUGUCAUUUUGAGUGAGAUGUCUCUCUGAAUGGAUUAGCAUUACUUUUGGUAUACACAUUCAUGUCACCCUUAUGUUGAAUUGUAAUAACUUUGGAGAUCCUCUGACUUUUCAUCUUGUGUCAAAUGUUUUAUGUUUACUUUAUGCCCAAAUACCUGCAAAACCAAUGUCAGCCUCAGCUGUACUUUGUGUUUAGUACUAAUUAGCAAAUAGUAGCAUGCUAACAUGCUAAAUAAAGAUAGUGAACAUGGUAAAAGUUAUACCUGCCAAACAUCAUAAUGUUAAUUGUCAUUAUGAGCAUGUUAGCAUGCUUACUUUAGCAUUUGGCUCAAAGCAUCACUGUACUAAGACAGCCACACAGCAGCUCUGUGUAGUAUGGCUAUGGACUCUUAGUCUUGUUAGACAACCAUUAAUGUUGUCUCUAAAAACAAGUUAGAAUUCAAGAGUAACUAUAAUAAUAUAUAAUAUAAUAAGCAAUUAUACUCUCAAGCCCGUUUUUUUAUCAUUUAAUGUUUGCCAAUUCCAACACCCCACAUACAAUACAUGGACACCUGAGGAUUACCCAUAUGUGACUGGUAAACAUAUCAUUCCAAAAGCAUGGGCAUUAAUGUGCUGUUAUACCAGUCUCUACUGAUGUAGUGUUAGGAUUGAUUUAACUUCAUUGGAACUAAGGGGACCUAUUCAAAACCAGGAAAAAAAGAGCCAGACAAAAAGUGCACAUAAGUAUGUGGAGAGGGGUGUCUACAUACUUUUACUUUUAGUGUAAUAAUUUGUUUGUGUGAAUCAUAAAAGUUUAUACAAAAAAGAAAUGGAAAUGAGGAUGUGAACUAACCAAACCAACAGAUAAUGUACAUCUGUUGCCAUGAAGUGAAUCAAAAUGCGGGGGUUGAUAUCUUUCUAGCAGAAUCCUCUGUUCUCUCUCAGGCUUCAUAUACAAUAAAGAGUAUGGUAGAGUCAAUCCCCCUGUGUUCUCCUUUUACCCAGAUUGAUGCUCCAUGUGAGGGGCAACCUGUGUUCAUGUGUCCACCAGGCAAACUUUCUUUGUGGCAUCCUCUAGAUGGAGUAGCUCCAUAGCCUUUCCUCCCAUUGCCAUAUUGUGUGUUGUUUACACAGAGCCCCCUGUACUGUCUUUAGAGAUCUUGACGUGUGUCCUUGGUAAGGCAUAAGGCCAUAUGCUUAAACAAACAAUGUGGUUCUGACCUCCAGGUUGCCAGGCUGCAGCACAUUGAAGUAUGCAGACUUCUUUAUCCAUCUCACUUUCUGCUGAGACCGUACAGGAAUACACGUGCAACUGUACACCCAUCAGACAACACACACACACCAAGUACAGUAUACAUCCACUUAACUCACACACACUCAGACAUGCAUGUGCGUCACUCUGUGGAAAAGGUCAGCGCUCCAGCUGGAUGUUCAUGUCAACAAGACUUUUCUCACAUUUUACUGUAAGCUUACAUUUAAUGAGCAUUGAACAAAAAGAUUUGCUUGAAAUAUUAUAGAAAUAACAAAGAAUAUUUUCUAUUCUAAGACAUUAUAGUGUUGUUUUCAGUUUUUUCAAGUCAGUGCUUACAUAUUGUGUCAGUCUUUGUUAUGUACAUACUGUAAUGUUUUAAUAAAUGCUGUAAAAGAGAAAUGUACUGCUGUUUCUUAACGCCAAGAUUUUCCCCAUACAACUGCUUGAAAUUUUGGGAGUAAAAUAAAAGUUUUCACAAUGUAUGAAUGUAUGUAUCGCAUACAGUAAAUUUUGUCACUUGUUUGAAGCUAAACACUGCUUACACUGAGUGAAGUAUUCAAACUCAAGAUGCUACAUCAAACGGGAAAUAUUCUUCAUUUGACUUUACAAUAAAGUUCUGUGAGUUUGAACAAAUCUUGUCCACA